AUGGAGGUGUGGAGUGGUCUGGAGAGGAUUUGAAUGCUGAAGGAUUGAUUGCGUAUAUGUUUGAUAUAAUAUAUGUGACGUGGUUUGUUCACGUUCUGAGCAUACUCUUUGAAUGGAUUUGGUGGUUUUAUCUGGUGAUACCGAUUUUUGCCGGCUACAAAAUUUGGACGAUCUUCUUAAAACCAAUGUUUGCGAAUAAUGGCGAUGAACUUGUUUCGCAGGAGAAAAGUAAACGUCAGGCAAAAAAGGAAAAACGACCAGCCGUCAAAUAUUUGAGAUGA